AUUUUAAGACUUUAUAUAGCAUUAACGUCCCAAUUUCCUAUGACGCGAGUCCUUGACUCUGUCUACCGGUUUUCACACCCGACAGAGUUGGGACUUGCGAUCUUCUUCCUUCGUUCCACUUCCAAACAUAUCUCUCCAACCUCCACCUUCCAUUCUACUACCUCUCUCUCUCACUUUUUCUCCUUCCUGGAGCUUGUGCAGAGCAGAGACCUGCACUAUGGGUUCUGCUAACGGACUGAUUAACGCAGAGAGGAAACAGCCUCUAUUUUCUUUUGGAUUGAUAUCAGACGUGCAGUAUGCUGACAUUCCUGAUGGUAGGUCAUUUCUCGGUGUUCCACGUUACUAUAGGCACAGCAUUCUUGUGUUGCAGAGAGCAGUAAAACAUUGGAAUACUAAUAAGAACCACAAGUUUGUGAUAAAUUUUGGAGAUAUUGUUGAUGGAUACUGUCCAAAAGAUCAAUCUCUUAACACUGUAAAGAAAAUUGUUAAUGAAUUUGAGAUGUUCAAUGGACCAGUUUAUCAUUUGAUUGGCAAUCACUGCCUUUACAAUCUGCCUCGGAGUAAGUUACUUCCAUUAUUGAAGAUCAAGAGUUUUGGAAGCCAUGCUUACUAUGAAUUUUCGCCAGUUCCAGAAUAUAGAUUUGUAGUCCUUGAUGGCUAUGACAUAAGUGCAAUUGGCUGGCCACAAGACCAUCCAAAAACAUUGGAGGCCUUGAAAUUCCUCCGGGAAAAGAAUCCGAACGAUGACAAGAACAGUCCGACAGGUUUGGUGGGCCUCGAAAGAAGGUUUCUUAUGUUCAAUGGGGCUGUUGGAAAGGAACAAAUGGAAUGGUUGAACAGUGUUCUUCAGGAAGCAACAAAAUUGGAACAGAAGGUAGUGAUAUGCUGCCACAUGCCUCUUGAUCCUGCUGCAUCAUCCAACGAGGCACUGCUAUGGAAUUACGAUGAAGUAAUGGAUUUGAUACACAGAUACACUUGUGUAAAGUUGUGUGUAUCUGGACAUGAUCACAAAGGAGGGUAUUCCGUUGAUUCCCAUGGAAUUCACCAUAGAGUUCUUGAAGCUGCCCUGGAAUGUCCUGCUGGCACGGAUUCGUUUGGAUAUGCUGAAGUUUUUGACGACAGAAUAUCACUUUAUGGUACGGGCAGAAUGCUGAGUAAAGACAUUUACUUUCAUUCUUCAGCAGAUUUGUAAUGACAAGAUGUAGAUGUUUGUGAGACACCUAAUCGUUAAUUGGAUAAUAUUGUGGUCCUCGGGCAAAUCCAAUCCACGUGGAAUCAACUUUCUAAGUAACGGAAGUGGAAUUACUUAUACGAGUUAGCUAACCUCAGAACAAGUUCACGACACAAAAGCAUUAACAAAGACUGGAGGUUUCCUAAUAGAUGAUUUAUCUGUCAAAUUUUGUAUUGGUUU